UCUUAAGCACGCAUUCAACUGUAAGCAACAGAGUUAGAUAUACUGCAAGCUGUACUUCUGCUCAUGAGAAUGAAGAUACAUUACGCAGGAUGGUUAGACAGUCUUUGAAAAGCAAUUCAUACAGUGUGAUUUCCCAAACCAAGAUCGUCACCUUUGACAACAACAUGACCAACCUAACCAAUGCCAGUGCCUUCUACUGUCACUUUGAAGAACGUUUUAAAUAUAUUCUCCUUCCUGUCAGCUAUACCCUGGUCUUUGUAAUUGGCCUGGCACUGAACGCCACAGCGUUGUAUGUGAUUGUGUUUCGCACUAAGCGCUGGAGGCCGUCCACCAUCUACAUGUUUAACCUGACGAUGUGUGACACACUCUACAUCCUCACUCUGCCCUUCCUCAUCUAUUACUACGCAGAUCAGAACGACUGGCCCUUCAGCGAACCAUUCUGCAAGCUCAUACGCUUCCUGUUUUAUACCAACUUAUAUGGUUCCAUUCUGUUCUUGUGCUGUAUCAGCCUGCAUCGCUUUGUUGGAAUCUGCUAUCCAGUCCGCUCCCUCUAUUGGGUCAGCGCUCGUCGGGCCAGGCUGGUGUCUGUGGCAUUGUGGGCCUUUGUAUUAUUCUGCCAGUCACCUAUUCUCUACUUCUCAAGAAUUAGGGAUGUGGAAGGUGAGCGGAUCUGCUACGACACCACUAGCCCAGAGCUUUUUUAUGACUUCCUGGUGUACAGCUCCGCUGUGUCACUGCUAAUGUUUGCCUUGCCCUUCAUGGUGGUAAUGGUGUGCAAUGGCCUCAUGGUGCGGAAGCUUCUGGAGCCUGGCUGGGGGUCUGAAGGGGGUGAGAGGGGAGGCCUGUCAGCCCAACAUUCCAAGCAGAAGUCAGUGAAGAUGAUCAUCAUUGUGCUGGCGGCAUUCAUGCUCUGCUUCCUGCCUUUCCACGUCAACAGGAGUCUUUACUACUCUUUAAGAUACCUAAGGCAGGUUGAUCCAUCACAGAUCAGCUGCAAGUUGCUGGAGGGGUCCAGUGUGGCCUACAAGGUGACCCGACCUUUAGCCAGUGCCAACAGCUGCGUGGACCCCAUCCUUUACUUCCUGGCUGGGCAGGGUGCUCGCAGUAGCCUCACCAAGAAGAACAAGUCAUCAAAACCAACAAGUGUGAGCCAACACAUGACCACACAACUCUGAUCCAAUAUAACUAUUUUGGAAAAAUUGCAGAAAGCUAUGUGGAAAAGUGCACUACUUAUUGCCGGUUUCUUCUGGUAGAUGUGCCUCCCCACACUGACACCGACAGACACUGCAUUAAGAUUAACCAGUAGAAGUGCAUGUUCAGAUUUGACUGAAGGGUAUGAAGAAACAUCUAAAUUAUGUAGUGGGCAUUAAAAGCUGUUAAAUCAUUUCUACAGACCAUGUUAUGUUAUGUUUGAAAAGCUGUAAUGUAUGGACAGAACUACUACAGAACCAUAUGGAGCUCCACAUCUUGGUUUUUGUUGAUUCUACUGGAAAACUGCUGCACUUGAUGUUUGUAUGUUUGUAUAGGAAUAAGUUAAUUUUCCACAGCUCAUCUUUCUUCCUACAUAUCAGACAAAGAUGGAAAGACUUUUUAUGAAUAUGCUAGAGCAGUGCUUAUGUCUCACUUUGUGUUACAAAAUGUGAAGGAAUGCAACAAUAUUAAAAUAAAGGUUUCUAUAAAUGUAUAAAUGAUGAUAUAAUUGUUGUGGUGAGACAUUUGUUAUCAUUUGUCUCACUGCAUUUGUUUAAUGUCCUAAUUUGUAAGAUAUAAUUCUUGCAUAAUGGCUGUAGAAUGAGUCUUACUAUCACUUUGUGACACAUUUUCUUAGAAGAGCUGGUGUAUUACGUAUUUGUUGUCCUCAAUGUUAGUUCAUCGACUCUCUCUCUUAGUGUCUGAGCAGCUGAGCAGGGUAUUUGAAACCAAAGAAGUGAGUCGUCACAUCAGCCUGUUGGCUGUGAGUUUGGAAAGUAUUAUCUGUGACUUGUAGGAAGAGUGUCCUUAGUGGAUGUCAUUGUUUGCUACACUUGAUAUACAUAACAGCUGUCAUUUUCUCUAAUGAACAUCAACCACCGCUAGAGGGCGACACUGCCUAACAAACAAGACAGACCAUGAUGCUUUAGUUUGAACUACAUUUUGGACUUUUUCUAUUUUGCUACAUUUCCCUCACAAACCUACGCCUCAUUCACAGACAAAAGCACACAAACACAAAAAAGGCCAAAUUACUGUAUUUCACCAAGAAAAACAGCAAAAUAGACAUGUAUUUAAAAUACAUCUGUUUUUUUAUUUGAAAGAGUAAAAACGUCACACAGAAAAAUGUAAUAUUGUAAAUGCAUACAAAGCUGACGAGAUAAAUGUUUUUUUUUAUCCUUCCAGCAACACUUCAGCUUGAAAUCAAAAGAAAAUGUUUAACUGCUGACACCAAAACGUAUCUAGUCCUCCAGACAUGUAUUGCUUCUGCUAUAAUAAGAAAAUGAUGGGAUAAAAAAACUCUUACGAUUAUAGUAUACUCCUUAAAACUCCUGAGGAUGUAAACUGAAACCAACAGGGCUGUAUGACUUUGAGGCAUCUUAACCCCUAAUCCUCUGUAGCCACUGGGUGGUUUAUUUAAUUAAGCUGUUAAAAAAAUAAUAAUAAUAAUAAUAAUAAUAAUAAUAAUGUGCGUGUGUAUACGUGUGUGUUUAUGUGGAAGUAGUUCCUUAAAGUUAUGGAUAUUGUAUAACUUCUGGCUAUGUGUACUGUACAGUAUUGUGUGUAGGACUUUUUAAAAGUUCAUGUUUAAAACACU